AUGGCCGAGGCCACGGUGAACCCGCUCCUCGAGGAGAGCAAGGAGGAGGCGCCCCCGGUCGACGCCGGCGCCGGCUUCGCCGAGUCGUCGGCGGCGUACCGGCGCUUCGUCUUCGUCGCGGCGCUCGCCUUCGCGGGGACGACGCUGGCCCUCGGCGUCGUCUGGCCCGUGGAGAAGCACGACUUCCAGAAAUUGAGCUGCGUGCCCCAGGCCGAGGUGAGCCAUUUCAUCGCCGCCGCGGCCGGCGAGGCCGCGCCCUACGCCUGGACCGCCGUCUGCCGGGAGAAGCGCGCGGACUGCCGGCGCGCGCGCACGGCGUCCAUCGCCGCCGCGACGGCGUAUUGCGGCGCGCGCAACGUCACCGGAUGCGCGCCGCUCGCGGAGGCGGCGUCUCGCGGGCUCCCGCCGCUCGACGUCGCGCUCGUCGAAGAGGCGCGCGGCGACGACGCGCCGCGCGAGGCCGUGGACGCGGCGCUCGCGGCCUGGUGCGGCGCGCGACAGACGGACCCGCUCUGCGCGGCCGGCGGCGCCUUCGGGACGCCGACGACGAAGGCGGCCGCCGAGCUCUGCGGGGGGUCCGCGGCGUGCGAGGCCGCGGAGCGGUUCUACGACGACCCGAGCCGCUACUGCGCGAACUCGUCCGUCCACCACGCGCAGACGUGCGCGACCGCGAAACGAUUCGCCAAGGACGUCGCCGCCAACGUCAGCGCCUACUGCGUGAAACAGGGCUCCGUCGCCGCCAAGGCGUGCAAGGCGCUGAACGCGUCCCUGCACGACCGCGGCCACUGGACGGAGUACUGCGCCUACUCCCUGGGGAACCUGCCGCACUACCUGGAGUGCAAGGCCGUCAAGGCGGCGAUCAAGGUCGCCCUGGACGAGAAGGUCUGCAAGAAGGGGCCGAACUACCAGAAGCUGUGCGACGCGGGCUACGCGAUCGCCGCGCGCUGGGGCAACGCGACCGCGCCCGUGCCCAUCUACGACGCGGCGCUGCAGGUCGCCGAGCUCUACUGCCACUCCGGCGACUGCGGCGCGGAAACGGACGCGACGCCGUUGCAGCGCCUCGAGGGCGGCUUCGGCCUCGAGGCCGCGCAGGACGUCAUCCGCGACGUCCCGGCCGUCUGCGGCGCGUGGCCCGCGACGGCCGCGGUCUGCGCGAACGUCACGGCGGCGUUGAAGACCUACUGCGGCAACUCGUCGGUGCACAACCUCGAGUGCGCCUGGCUCCAGGAGCUGACGGCCUUCAACCUGUCGCGGCCGCAGCCGUGGAACGUGUCGCGCGGCGACGACCUCUUCGUCAAGACCUGGGCCGCGGCCGACGCGCUCUGCGCGGAGCCGCCGACCACGGCCAAGGCCUUCGCGCGCGCGGCCUUCGCGCCGCCGCCCCACGAGGCGGACCGGCCGAAGGUCCUCGACCUCGCGCUGCCGUCGCCCGCGGACGUCCGCAAGUACGCGUGCCUCGCCGUCGCGAGCAUCGACAAGGCCGCGGACCAGUGCCCGGACAUGCUCCCCCUCGUCGCCGCGGCGGAGGCGGGGCACGCCGCCUAA